AAAUAAAAAAAUAUAUACUAUCAUUCCAGAAGGAGAGAGUCCACUGCAGUAAAAACUAAUUCUGUUUGGAAUAAGCAAUAAAUCCUUAAACCCUAUUCUCAGUUCAGUAGCGCCAUCUCAUCCAUCUGCUCCACCAAAAGCCCAAAGACUGAUCCUUUUUUACAUUUUCUGAAAUUCUCAGAACGAAUCCUCGGAACUUCGUCUAUCAUGUCCUGCCCAACCCUCAAUUACUCUCCAUCUCUAAAACUUGGCGGGGGUUACAGCUUCUCCAGCUCGCGGUUUUCAAUGCCAUUGCUGCCGUCGAAAGGGCUGUUUUCUAGGAGCCCUUUAUACGGCGGAGCCCUCAGUUUAUCCACUACUAGGUGGGAUUCAUGUCGUCACGUCAGCGAUCUAUGGUGGCCCUCCAGCACCUUCAGGUGUGCCGCUGAAAAAUCGGAGUCUGGGGUUUCAGUUGAUCGUCACGUCAGCAACGAAGAUAGGGUGGUUGUGCUGGUUAUUGGUGGAGGAGGAAGAGAGCAUGCACUUUGCUAUGCAUUGCAGCGAUCACCCUCUUGUGAUGGUGUGUUCUGUGCACCAGGGAAUGCAGGGAUUUCCAACUCAGGGGAUGCCACUUGUAUUCCUGACCUUAAUGUUUCUGAUAGCUCAGCUGUGAUUUCAUUCUGUCAAAAAUGGGGUGUCGGGUUGGUUGUUGUGGGACCAGAGGCUCCCCUUGUUUCUGGUCUUGCGAAUGAUUUGGUAAAUUUUGGAAUACCGACUUUUGGCCCUUCAGCUGAGGCUGCUGCUUUAGAAGGUUCAAAGAACUUUAUGAAGAGCAUUUGUGACAAAUACAAAAUUCCUACUGCCAAGGUUUGUUUUAGAAUUCAUUGCUAUGGGAAGUCCUAGAAUCAUGUUUUGGUAGCUGUCUCUGUUCAAUACAAAAGCAAUCCUUUAGUGGUUUUAGAUAUGAUUUUCUGAUACUAGAUAUUAUUUGUCAUUUUAUUGAUUUUAGAAAUUUAUCAUCUUUGACGGGAUGAUAUGUAACAGAAGAAACUUUACAUUCUUUGUGUUGCAUUUUAUCAUUCUCUAUUCUUUAUGACCAGAAUCUCCAGUAAUGCUACUAGUGGAACUAUUCUCUGAGGCAGAAUAAAAAUUUUCAAGUCAA